GACCCUGCAAUUGUAGCAAUGUAGUCGUCAUAAAUGUUUUACCGGGUGCCAUGGUUUUUUCUUCCAAUAGCGAAGGCCCGAGGAUUCCGGGGAGGGGGGGGUCUCUAAGCAAAGCUCAUCAAGCUCUGCGUGUAGCGAGCAUAGGCUGUGUCGUUUUUGGUUUUGGCUCGCCAUGACACGCAGACACACUCAUGUAUACGUUGAUCAGUCCAACGGUUUCCCGGUGGCCUUUAAGGGCGUGUACUUGAUCAUAGUUUACGCACUGGUGCAGUUCGGGAAGAGGGGGUCCACAGUAUCACAAGUCAGUACAGGUGGUAAAGCUUCAUGAUUUCCGUGCUUGCUUGCUAUCUCCGUGUCGCUGUUGAUGGUUAGACCAAGAAUCACCACUAAUUACGAAACAGAGGUAGCUUUGCAGAGAAGCAUUUUUUCUUCUUAUCAAGCAAGCUCUUCUCCACCUUAUUUACUGCUCUGCAUCCGAGCUACAUCAGUUCCAUAUACCACGUAAGUGUGUAUCUGAAAUUCAUAUACACGAGGCAUGCAUACAGCGAAUGGUGAAGUCGGUCAACUGUCACCGGUCAACUGCCAUCGGAAAGAAGGUUCAACAGUAUAGUGCGUUAGUGGAGGAUGCCAUAACUACACAAAUCCGUGGCGAGAACUCUAUCGUAAAGCCUUAGAAAACUAUUAGUUGGGUGCGUUUCAUCAAGGCUUGUUAAUUCUUCAAAUAUACAGGCUCCAGUAGCUAGAUCAUGCACCGAUAUUUUUAAAUGGUGUGAGACGCCACAGAUGUCACUGAAAGCUUCGAUACAUCAUCUUGGAUUGUAGUUGAG